UGUUAUACACAUUCUUCUCAGGUCUGUUCUUUUCGACUUUCUUAUAAUAUUUAUUUCUAAUUAUAUAUAUACUUGUUUCAUUUGGAGUACAAAUUAUAUGGAGCGUAGCCAAAAAGAACAGACUUCUAAGCUUGCAUAACUGAAAAAUUUGAUUAUUAUGCAAUCGAUAUUAAAUUGCAUAAGCUUUUGUGUAAAAUGUCCAAUUUUAUUAAACGCCGAUAACGUAUCGAACACGACAGUAAAUGGUCGAAUGACCUCGAUCGGUGUGUACGAACAUUUUCAAAUUCGAGAAACACACAACGAACGACAUUCUUGAACAGAAUUCAAUCAAUUAUGCCGCACGAAAAAGAGCCUACGAUUUUCGAACGUUUCCAGGUUUAUAUGGAGAACGAAAUGGGUCCGGGCAAGCUGAUUACCUAUGGAAUCGCUAGCGCCGGUUUAUUCGUUGCUCUGUACAGAAUCAGGCCUUUUGCGAGAUUCACGAAACCGUCCGAUGUGCCACUUCAUUUCCUACAAUCGCGAGUUCCACUUCAGGGCACAGUAAUGCGCGUGGAACCGAGUGGUGGUGCUCUGCUGAUGGUCGAUCAUCAGUCUUUACUGCCUUUUCCCCAUUUUAAUAGUAAGAACUAUUUGCCUGUAAAGAUCAGCGGCGUUGAUGUUACGGGUAACGGUUUAAGUUGGUUGCAGUCUAUAGUCAAUGGAAACUGUAUAACAUUAGUGCCCUUAGCCAGGGAAAAAGAGUAUCUGGAGUGCAUAGCCUCAAUGCAGCAGAAAGAUCAAGACACAUUAAAAAUUGGAGAGGAAUUAAUCAAGUUAGGUUUAGGUACAAUACGCGAACCUCGGAUAAAACUAAAGGAUAAACACAUUCUAGCAUACAAAAGAUCUCUAGCCAGCGCACAAAAGUGGGCAGCCCGCAGAAGAAACGGUUACUGGCAUUUUGCCAAACAGCCAACAGUUCUAUGGAAAACGCAAAUGUUUAUAAUUAAUAAAAUGAAGUCGUUGUUACCUACUUAUAUAGUAAGACAGCUUGAUCUCUAAAUAUGUUUUGCUUGUUUUCAUAAUUAAAUUUAUAGUGAUAUAUUUUUAUUAUAGAUAUAUUUUUAAUAGUUAACAUUUAAUAAGAUUAUAUACUUAGAUUUUUUCUAAUAAAGGUAAUUAUUUUAGU